AAUUGUCAAAUAUUUCAUAAAAUUAUCUAAACGUUUGUUAUUUGUAUAAAAAUUUAUUUGUUGUUUAUAUGAAUAAAUAAUUAUUGUUUAAACUGUAAACAUGCGCCAUCCAUAUAGAAAAAAAAUUAUAUAUUGUGGCUUAGUUAUAAUAAUUCUCAUAAUAUUUUUACAUCCAGACAUGAAUGGACAUGGGACAUACGACUUUAUUGCAAAAGAAGAUAUUUUACGUAAUCUUCACGCCGAGACUGCAGUAAAUUUUACAAGCUCUGCGGUGAUUGAUUGUGAAUAUUAUGAUAUACUAUCGGAUGACACAACGCUAUCGCAGAGUCUAGUUGACGGAGAUUUAGUCGAGGGUCAUGGUAUACGUGAAGGGGGCGAAUACGCGCCGCAGGAAUGCAAGCCGAAGUAUAGCACAGCUAUCAUCGUGCCUUAUAGAGAUCGAGCAGAGCAAUUACGAGGGUUCUUAGUGUAUAUGCAUACUUUCUUCCGGCGACAAAGAAUACAUUACCGAAUAUUUGUAGUGGAGCAAGUGGACUCACGUCUGUUCAACAGAGCUAAGUUGAUGAACAUAGGAGCUGUGGCUGCAAUGAAAGCUGGCUUUCCAUGUCUAGUACUACAUGAUGUUGAUCUUCUGCCAUUACGUCCUGCCAAUAUAUAUGCUUGCAGUAAAUGUCCAAGACAUAUGUCUUCAAGCAUCAAUAAAUUUAGAUUUGUCCUGCCUUAUUUAACACUAUUUGGUGGUGCUAUAGCAAUAAUUUCCAAACAAUAUAAAGAUAUAAAUGGAAUGAGCAAUGAAUAUUUUGGGUGGGGAGGUGAAGAUGAUGAUUUAUAUUCUCGUCUUGAAGCUAGUAAUUUGAAAGUGUGCCGGUUUGAGCCUGAAACCAGCAGGUAUCACAUGGUCCCUCACAGAUCAACACAGAAAGGUGAAGCAAAGAAGAAGCUGUUAAGUUCAGCUAAGAAACGUAUGUUGGAAGACGGUUUAAGUUCCUUGCAAUAUGUAGAGGUAGCAACAGUACUCCAUCCACUAUUUACUCAUAUCAUGGUUGACUUGUAGCAUAUCUUGUCAUUUAUAGAAGAAAAAACCUAUGUAUACUUGUAUAAGAUUAAAUUUUGUGCUAGAAAUUAGUUGGAUGUACCUGACACUUACCUCGUUGAUAUAUUAGGAGCCAUGUUAAUUGAUGAAUAGUGUUUGUCAUACUUUUGCAAAAAGUAUGAAAAUUAAUCUUGAUGAAAAGCAAUAAUUCGUAACAAUGCAAUUGUGAUAUGCUUGAUAAAAUAUCUGUCCAUUAACAUAGAAAUUAAGAUACAAGUACACUAUACAGCUAAUUCUUAUGAAACAGUAACAGUGACAUCACAAUGCUUAAAAUUCCGCCAAAUCACUGAAUACUGACAUUUUGUCGUUGCAAAAUGGUAAUAGUCAACUGUUAACUUUUACUGAUAAUAUUCUAAAGUUGUGUACUUUUGCAAUAUGACAAAGCUUUAUUAGAUUUGUAGGAAACAUUGUUAAAGUAAGAAAGAUCAUAGUUGCAUCUUAGAUCUCAUCAAAAGACUUUGAUAAAACAAUAAGUUAAUAUAAUUGUCAUCUAAGGAAUAUUUUACAGAUUAGUAUAAUAUAUAAAAUAUUUUACUGUUUUAUUUAGCCCGUUGGCGGUUAUUGAUUUUCAUGUUUGAUGUUGUAAAACCAUUUUAGACUUAUUAAUAAUUAUUAAGUUACAAAAUCAUCUUGUUGAACAUAUCAUAUGUUAGUGACGUUUAUAAUUAAAUAUUUAGUCGUAUUUCUUUCAUGGCUGUUUAAAUUUUACAUAGCAAAUUUAUUCAUGGCUUUGAAAUUAAAGGUUUUUGGAAUAUCAAUUUGAGCAGAAACCAUACGGAAAUGUUUUUAUUUUUCUUUUUCUUUUUUAGCUAGUAAAUAUUAUCUCUGUUAAUGAGCCUAUGCACAUUAUUUUAAUAUUUUGGAAUUGUUAAUUGUUAUUCAGAUUUGUAUAACUGUCAUGUGCCUACAUGAGCUAAAAAUCUUUGGCUCACCAUAACCAUGCAGGGAAUUGUGUUGUGAAUUGUGGUUUCACAUAUAAAGUGUAUACUUCAGUUUUAUUUCAAAAUAAAUUCACAUAUGUA